AUGAGCCAUGCUAGUGGUUGGCAUUGCAUAAAUGAAAUAUUAAUUCGUUUAGAUAAAAAAGGUGCAAUUAAUGCCACCCAAAAUCGGCAUCGUAUUGCUACAAUCUUAGCAAAGCUGGAGUUAUCAGAAAAGGAAAAAACUUUGAUUUAUAAUCACUUUGGACAUUCAGAAAGAAUCAAUCAAAAUGUUUACCAAGCUGCUCCUGGAUCCUUACAAAUAAAAACAACAGGCAAAAGACUAAGAGCUAUUCAAGAAGUGACAAAGGUUGAUCUAACUUCAUUCAAGUCAAUUAUUUCUAAUUCAGCUGAACAAGACUUAAGCACUAUAGGAGAACAUGUAAUACCAACUGAUGUUGAGUUGAUAACCAAAAAUGAUAGUAAACUGAAUAGUGGUUUAAAAAUUAGGCCAGUCCUUGAUUUAAAAAAAGUUAUAGAAAGUGAAACUGGAAGAAAAAAAAAAUCCUAA